CGACGAUAACACAACACAGACAAACAUGGAGAUAUCAAAGGACAUCAACUGACGGAGCAAAGCGACAACAUGUCUCGGACUCACCGGAAAAUGAAGCGACAGCUGCUCGACGUCUCUCUGUCACCGACAAGUUCCCAACAUCUACUAGUUUUUGACGAGGAAUACCAGAAUACGUGAGGGUUUAACCGCCACAGGCCAAGAAGAAGAGGAAGAGGAGGAGAGAGAAGAAGUGAAAAUGUCUCCGACUGUCGGUGUCGACCAGGCUCCACAACAAGCGGCCAUGGAGAGAUUCGGUAGCGGAGGGAUGGCGCUGCUGCCUUGGACCAAGCAGAUACUCACCGUGAUGUGGGAACAGCUGCGGCUGCUGCUGCAGGUCAUUUACUGCACCUUCAUGUCCGUUUUUCAAUUGUUCAGGUUCGAGGUCCACGUGAGAAUCACUGAUGAGAGCGGUCAGCACAUCCAGCACAUGAGCACGACAGCCAAUCCAACAGAAUCCUUCCUGUUCUCCUCAUUGUUUGACGGAGACAACGGAGUCAUGGUCGGUGGCUCAAAUCCCCUCUCUGAGUUCUGCUCGGAUGUCGACCCCUUUGCCGACGACCUGUGCUGCGGCCUCGUGGAUGACUUUGUGUCCAGAACAACCGGGAAAGAAGAGGGCAUCUUUCUUGGCUUUGCUGGCGACUGGAACGUCUUUGUGUCAAGCAGCGACAGCUCCAGUUCAAACGAGGCCUGUCAUAAAAGACGCAAGAAUUUUUUCAGACAGGAUCUUUCAAAAACAAAAGAAUCCGUCAAACAGGAGACUUCAGAAGAGGACAGGAGCUCAGACUGCAGUAGUGAGGAAGACCAGAACUUAGUGGAAUUUGACAGUGAGGAAAGUAAGGCCCUUUGGGAUUCUCUAUCAAAAUCGAGUGAUCCUUACAAUCCCUUCUUUUUCUCUGCGUGCAUUUCAACAAACACAGGCAUGGGGAAAAGUCAAACCCAAGCGAGAGACAUUAGUGAUACUGACAUGAUGUCAGUGAGCAAGACCAGCGAGGAGACGUUGGGGUCUCUAGGACUGAGGUUUUGGGCCAGUCGCUCUGACAGUGAGAGCAGUUGGGCCAGUUCGGAUGAUUCCAGCCCUGAUGUGGACAAAGAGGAGAGUGAGAGGCUCUGGGAGUUCUUCAGCAGUCCUGCAGACCCCUACAAUCCCAUGUGCUUUACUGCCUGCACAGUAGGCAACACGUGUCUUCAAACCACCUCCACCACAGUUACUAAAGUACAGGCUUCACUUCCUGCACCCCCCUCCAGGUCAGACACCGAUGAGGAGAGCAGCCUUCCUCCUUCAUCUGAGGAUGAUGAAGAUGAGCAGCUGUGGAAAUCUCUCAGCCAGAAGGAUGAUCCGUUCCACCCUCUUAACUUCAAGGCUUGCCUCCAGAGCUCAACUACCACAGCACUCCAGUCUGAGGAAGAUCCAGAUGCACGUGAAGUCCACCACAUAAAAAAUUCACCCACGAAGAGCAAGAAAUGUAAAAAAGAUUCCAAAACUCUCAGAAGAUCCAGCAGCAAGCCCUCUCUACCAGACAGGCUGUUAAAGCCUCACCUCCACCAAGACAAAACGCUGGUGCCGUGGAAAAGACCUGGACAAUCACAUCAGUCCCCUCCAGAGGAGAGAAAGGAAAGCAACGCCUCCACCAAAAAGGUGCGAUUUUCUCCUCUGGUCCAAGUCCAUGUGGUGCGGACCUGGCUGUUUGCUCGCCAGGCGUCUCGGAAAGGACCCUGGGAGGAAAUGGCACGAGACCGAGCCCGCUUCCAGAGGCGGAUCCAGGAAACGAAUCGGGACAUCAGCCACUGCCUCACUCUGCCCCACAGAGAGAAGAUGAGGGCGUACCUGGACGGUGCCUUACAAUAGAUAAUUAAUUCUUCAGCAUUGAAUGUUUUAUUUCAUUUUUUUGGAUGAUAACUCGUGAUUGGUUGCAAUGCAACAGUGAUUUUGAUUUCGGCCAAUUAGAAAUUUGAUGUUAGGCCAACGUCAAUGUUCGGUGUCGUGUUGAACAACUUUGUACCUCAAAAGGUUUUUUCUACAUUGUGUGACUGUUGCACUGACGGACACGUUCUCAUAUUAACAUCAACAUUAAUGUGUGGAAUGUUGUUUUUGUACGCCUUAUAUUCUGAUCUAGUAAUGUUACUAAUGUAUUUAUGCCCUAUGGAGCUUGUCUUUGAUUUUUUGAUGGUUUAACUGUUAUUUAUAUGUUUGUAUGUGACAUGAAACCACCACCACCUCAGUGGUGAGUCUGGAAGGUAAAUGUAGAUAAUGAUGAUAUCAUUAAAAACAGACACCAAGUCUUUUGAAAAGUUUUAGUGAACUUUCACCUUGUUUAAUUCUGGUGUCAUUUGAAGAUUUUAGUUUGAGAUUUAAGUUGUCCUGUAUUUUCUUUUAUGAUGACAGGUCACAGGGCCAUUUCGCACUGAGUACGAAGAUCGAUGUCUUUAUUUAUAUUAUUGUUGUUCUUAUAUUCACUGCAAAUAUUCAAACACUGUCCCUUGUGACUCACUCAACUUUUCAAGGUAACAUCACGUCUCUGAAAAUAUGUCCAAAAAUGAUUAGUAGCAGAUUUGUCUUAAAGUGCUUUGUCAAAUUAAUAAAAUGUGUAACACUA